AUGGAUCCAAUCAAGUACAUUUUCGAGAGCCUAUUCAUACCUGGAAGAAUAGCAAAAUGGCAAGUCAUGCUUUCACAAUAUGACAUUGUCUAUAUGACAAAGAAGGUAGUAAAAGGGAAUGUGAUAGUAGACCUCUUAGUAGAGAACCCAAUUGAUGAUUAUGAGGCUCUAAACUUUGAAUUCCCAUACGAGCAUGUCAACGCAGUAAGCACGGACAUUGAGGGCCAUGAUGAUGUGUGGGAGAUGUAUUUCAAUGGGGCAGUUAAUAUUUCUGAUAAUGGGAUUGCGGCAGUACUAUUAUCCCCAGACGGGAAUCACUUCCCAGUAGCAGUCAAACUAAAAUUUAUGUGUACUAAUAAUAUUGCAGAAUAUGAAGCCUGUGUGAGAGGUUUGCAAGCUGCCAUUGAAAUGAAAGUAAAGAAAUUAGAAGUGUAUAGAGACUCCGCCUUGAUUAUCUAUCAAGUCAAGGGAGAAUGGCAGACCAAAGACCCAAAGUUGAUCCCAUACUAA